AUGGAAAUUGUGAUUUUAAAAAAUAGAAAUAUAAUGUCGAUACCGGAAUCUCUUAUUCAAGAGAUGGGUUAUUUUGUUAAAUAUUUGUACUUGGACAAUAACAUCAUACGAAUAUUACCCGACGAAUUAUUUACUGGUUGUACAAAUCUUAUGUGGUUAGACUUAAGAUGCAACAGAAUACGUCGAUUACCAGACGGUGUGCAAGGUCAUAAAAAUCUACAGGUAUUGCUUCUGGGAAAAAAUGAUUUAAAGCGAUUACCUUUGACUCUGGGAUCAUUGCCGAAACUUCGAGAAUUACAUGUUGCUGGAAAUCCGCUUGAUUGCCUUACUAGAGAUAUGGUGAAAAAAGGUUCUAAAUAUUUAAUACGCUUUUUACAAGAAAAAUGGAAAAGUAAUCAAAAUAAUAACGAAAUGAUUCAACAAAAUAAUGAUGAAUUUAACGUAAUAAAAAAAAAUGAUGACAAGAUACAUAAAAAAAAUAUAAAAAAUAUAAAAAUUAUGGAUACGUCAAAAAUGCAGUUAAUGGAAAGAUAUAGUUGGCCAAUGAUAUUUCUUACUAAUUGGAGCAGUGACCGUUUAGUUACCGAUCGAGAUAUUAGAAUGAAAGAACUAGAAAGACUUUAUUUAGAAAAACAAAAAAUAAUAUUAGAAAAGCAAGAACGAAUCUUACAAUCUUACAAAGAUGAAGAAACGCUGAAAAUAUGGAGAGAAAAAGCAAAGCAAUUGCAAUAUUUCGAAAAUUUGCCCAAAUUAAAAAAUUAUCGAGGACUCGAGGUUCCAUUUGGAGUAAAUGAAGAAUUUUCUAAAAUGAUAUCUAGACAAACGUACAGAAAAGAAAGUGUGGAAAAUAUUAAGUAUAAGAAUGCUGUAAAACCUGCAAUAGUUAAACCGUUUGAUUUCGACUUGGAAAUGUCAGAUAUUUACAAUAUACUUAUAAGUUUAACACCAAACGAUGCAGAAAAUACGAACAGUGAUAAAAAUAAUGAUUCUAAAAUAUCAAAUAUUGAUUUGGAAAUUCAAAAGUUGCAUGAUAUUCAAAAACGAAUUGCGCAGUUGAAAACGCGCAUGAUUUAAACAAUAGAAGAAUAGAAGACAAGAAUGAUAACUGCUAUACCUUCUAAAAUAAAAUACAUUAUUAUUUGUUUUAUUA